AUGGAACAACUAAACAGACUGGGAUCUUCGACAAGACAAAUUAUCCUCGGGACCGAAACGCAACUGACACGCGAAAUCAUCGACGACCUCAUCUCUUUUCCCAAAAUUUGCCGUAACCUGUGGCACAUUGAAUUACUACACUUGGACGACGGGUAUCAUCCCGAUAACCACGCCAGAGACUUGACGGACGACACUAUCGUGAGGCUGGCGGCGGCGUGCCCUAAUCUUCGUUCUGCCAAAUUGCGGGCUACCACCCAAUUGGGACACAGAUCUUUGAUCGCAUUCUGUCAACAUUGUCCAGGACUGGAGCACUUGCAGAUAACUGGCGAAGCUGCCAAUAGAACUCUCUUCGUGCACGAAUCAUUGUUUGAUGAGCUAGCGAGACAGCCCAGCUGCGCUCCCGAGCUCGCACGUGCUUGCAUUAUCGAGGACGAGGCCAAGGAUGUCCAUAGAGCUUCAGAUUAUUCAACUGAACAGGAAUCCGAGACGGCCGGAUCCAAGGUCUUACCUUAA